AUGGCGGCCAGCUUCUCUCCCGCCUUGAGCGCUCAAGCUGAAGGUCCAGUUUUCGAGCGUCACGUGAGCGCCUCAGCUGGAGGGCCGUCUGUUGAGAAGAUUCUGAGCAGCGAGGCGAGCCUGGCCUUCGUUCGCAACGUCUCGGCCGCCUCGAGCUACUCCUCCCAGCGUGGGAGCGCGCCGCCUGCAGCACGCGAGCGAGAUCGCGAGCUCUCUCAAGUGCUCGAGGAUCAGUCGGCCCUUUCUAGGGAGUCCCACCAGACGGGUGCGUCAGGGGCGAGCCGAGGGGUGAACGGCAUGAGGGGCAGGCGCAUGCCGUCGGGUACGUGGGAUGCGGAGCUCGUGAUGACGAUGACGCAGCAGCAGUUCGAGAUGCGGAGGUCGCGAGGUGCCGUCGUCAGGGGCGCCCUGAACCCGGAAUGGAGCGGAAGGCUGACGUGGGACCUCUGCGUUCUCGUCUUGGUCGUGUGCGACAGCGUGGUGCUUCCAUUCCAGCUUGCCGAGUUCCAUCCGUCACCCGUGUUCGACGCCUCGUGGCUCUGGUGCACGUCGCUGUUCUUCCUGUGCGACCUCGUGAUGAAUUUCUUUACUGCCUAUCCAGCCGGGAAGAAGGAGGCGCACCUGCGAGAGGGCGAGCUCGUUUCGGAUAAGGUACUGAUCGCACUGCACUACCUGCGUGGCUGGUUUUGGGUCGAUUUCCUGAGCACUGUGCCGUGGACCAUGAUUACCGAUACCGUGAGCGGUGCAGGUUCGGAGGGCUCCAGGUCGUCGGCGAGCAACGUCACGAAGCUUGCGAAGGUGGUCAAGCUGACGCGGCUCCUGCGGCUCAUGAGGAUGCUGCGCCUCUGCAAGCUGUCGGUCAUCUGGGGGCGGCUCGAGGUCCGCAUCGGGUCCAUCACGUUCCUGAACGUGAUAACGCGGGGGCGGAUAAAAGUGCUCGGUGCGUGGUCCGCCAUCUGCCACUGGGGUGCCUGCAUUUGGUGGAUGUUCGGCAAGAGGGAUAGUCUGGUGACGGCAUUUACGAUGAAGGACAGCACCGAUGCCGUCCACUGGACGGAGCUGCCGCGAAAGCACACCGCGUACGACGACGCAGGGGAGUGGACGUGGGCGGACAAGUCUGUGGCAGAGCAGUACGUCUUCUGCUUCUACUGGAUCCUAGGGGUGAUGCGCACCAUGCCCGCCGAGGUCACUCCCGUCAACCUGACGGAGAGGGUGUUUGUCUUGCUCUUCAUGUUCUUUGCCGUCGGUGCGUUCGCCGUCAACAUCGCCCGCAUUACACAGGCCUGGUUCAGGUUCAGUGCGCGUAAUGACGCGUUCAAGGAGGAGAUGGCGUACGUCCGCAUGCACUUGAGAGCGGCCAAGUGCGGAGACGCGCUGCAGUUGCGCACGCAGUCCUAUUUGCAGCACCUCUUCGAGAAGAGGAAGAUCCACGCCAAGGAGCUGAGCCUGCUGAACGUACUGCCCGAGGCGCUGAAACGCAAGCUAGGCCGAGCCCAGGUCAUUCACCACCUGAGGAAGAUCCCGCAGCUCGAGGACUGGGACGACUCGGUCCUGGCGAUGGUCUGCGACGCCACCGAGGUCGUGGACUACCUGCCGGGGGACAAACUCACCGAGAAGAGCAGGGACGCCGAGGCCGCCUUUGUGCUCACGCGGGGCGGUCUCCAGGUCUUCGGGGCGGAUCCCCCGGGGCGCUCCAGGAGGCUCUUCUCGAGCUCGCAGGUGGGCACCUCUGGCCGGCCCGGCAGGCCCCGCAGGUCUGCGGCAGACGGGUCCGGCCGCCUGACCGUCGUGGACGACCAGUGCCUCUUCAUGAGCCAGGCGACGCCGUCCAGGCACACCGUGGUGGCGCUGGAGUGCUCUGAGGUGCUGAGGAUUGAUCGGCAGAAGUUCAUGAGCCUGAUCCCCGAGCGGGACCGCGUGGCUUGCGCGGACUCGGGCGACAGCUGGCGCCUGUCCUCCUCGCUGUACUCCUCGCUGGUGGGCCAGUCGCCCAUGCAGGAUCUGCAGCUGGACAUGGUUCCGUCCGCCUCCGCGGGGUCCGGACAGGUGGAGGGCGACGGCCAGAUCGCAGCGGCCACGGCGACAAAUGUCAGCUCGGGCUGA